AGCGUAAGCGGAGACCGGCUCAAGGCCUUCACACUCGUCGUGGGUAAUCACGAGUCGCAUCGUGAAUGCUACUUGUGCAUCUGAAGUUUUGAACCUGCUUCGCGAGGAGAUUUCGGUGUCUGCUGCAUGGGACAGGCUUGCCAGUUUUAAGCGCGAAGGAGUGGCGGGGCAUUCCUACUUUCCCAAGUUAGUGAAGCUUUCUCAGUCUUUGUUGCGAAAGCCAGGUGGACUUGCACGUGCAGUAGCAAAUAUGUGCUGGGCAGCAGCCAGGAUUCACGGAUGUAAUUCCUCACAGCUGGCAGCUUUAUGGCAACCUUUGGCUUUUGCAACCCGACAGACAGUUGAAUGCCCAAAAUGGGCCAGAGGACAGCUCUCCCUGGAUCCAUCCAACAAACAGGAUUUGCGUGAGGCACUUCCUGUCGUAGUGGAGCGAGCACGGUUGGUGCUGCCUCAAACAACGCCCCAAGCACUUGCAAACUGUUGCUGGGGUCCAGCCUUCAGCGACUACUGCGAUGAUGUGUUUCUUGAAGCUGCGGCAAAGAAGGUGGCAACUGACGCUGCUGGUUGGAAGCCAGCCGGCUGCCGGCUCGACUUGCCAUCUGUGCUUUGGGCGUUUGCCCGACUGAGCGCAACCGGGUAUUCGGACAUGCUGCAUGUCGCCGAGCGGCUGUCAAUGAUUGACCGGCUCGGCGACUGGGGCCUGUGUGCCGUCGCUUGGUCGAAGCAGCUGGACGCCAGUGGCAACUUUCUCGCCUUCCGCCGAAGCUUGGAAUUGGAAAUAGAGUGUCGGCAGCUUUCAGAGGAGGAUGUGCAGCGGAGCAGCAUGGGUCCCGAGAAAUGGUGAGCACGCAAAGGAUCACAAGUCUUUUGCCUGAAGUUACAUUUAGCUGAGCACGCGUGAGUUUUUUUUGACUUAGCCUCACCAAUCAGAUAAUUUCAAGAUACUUCUCUUGCAUCCAUAUUCCUCACCAUGUCUCACCAGCUUGCAAGAGGAGGCCUGGAAGAGGCGCACCCAGCCCCGCCGAGGGCAGUCGGCAGCGCUUCUGGCACCCGGGGCUGCCGAGUGCCCCUUUUCAGGCUUUGGAUGGCAAAAUGUUGGGGAGUCGGUUUCUCAGCCUAGGCAAAGCCCGGGUGCUGCUUGAGCCGCUC